ACACAGUUAUGGCAAAAACACUCAUUCUCCUCUGCUCCAUCUUCCUCGUGGCCAAAUCCGAAGAGCUUCUCUUCCAAGGCUUUCAAUCCGCCGCCACCAACAUAACCACAAACGGCGUCGCAUCAAUCCAACAAAACGGCAUCCUGCGUCUCACAAACUCCAACAACCAACUCGGCCACGCCUUCUACUCCACUCCGCUCAAGUUCAAAAACUCCAGCGACGGCGCCGUUUUCUCAUUCUCCACGGCUUUCGCCUUCGCCAUCACAAACCGCGACCCCAAACACGGUGGCCACGGCUUCGCCUUCACGCUUUCCCCCAGCAAGGACCUCCCCGGCGCCUAUUCCGGCCAGUACCUCGGCCUCUUCAAGCCCCACGACGUCGGAAACUCCUCCAACCACCUCUUCGCCGUGGAGUUCGACACCGUCCUGGACUACGAGAUUUACGACAUCAACAACAACCACGUCGGCGUCAACGUCAACACCAUCAUCUCCAACAAAUCCGUCCCCGCCACCGACGCCUCAUCCAAGCAAAGCCUCAGCUUGAAGUCUGGUAAAGUCAUUCAAGCAUGGCUGGAUUACAAUUCCUCAGAGAAACAAUUCCAUGUUAGACUUUCCUUAACCUCGUCCAAGCCCACUUCACCUAUCUUGUCUUGCCACCUAGAUCUCUCACCCAUUCUUCACGACAACAUGUACGUCGGCUUUUCAGCUUCAACGGGGUUGCUUGCAAGUUCACACUACAUCCUCGGUUGGAGCUUUAAGAUGAACCACGGAGAAGCCAAAUCUCUUCGUUUGGAAGAGUUACCAUCGCUCCCGAGUUAUGAUAAUCACAAAAAGGCCACCGUGUUGGGUGUCAUUGUUUCUAGUGCUACCCUGGUAAUGAUAGUUCUAACCGGGUUAAUGGUUUAUGUUGUGAGAAAGAUGAGAAAUGGCGAUGUUAUUGAACCGUGGGAGCUUGAAGUUGGUCCUCAUAGAUUCUCGUACGAGGAGCUGAAACAAGCGACAAAGGGGUUCAGAGAGAAACAGUUAAUUGGAUUCGGAGGCUUCGGAAGAGUUUACAAAGGGGUUCUCCAGGAGUCCAAUACAGAAGUAGCGGUGAAGAGAAUCACGCAAGAUUCGAAGGAAGGGUGGCGACAAUUCAUGUCGGAGAUUGCGACCAUUGGUCGGUUACGUCACAGGAACAUAGUCCAACUACGAGGAUGGUGUCGGAAAAGGUGCGAUCUUUUUCUGGUGUAUGACUUGAUGCCGAAUGGGAGUUUGGAUAAGUACUUAUUCGAGCAACCCCGGAAGAUUUUAAGCUGGGAAGAGAGGUUUAAGAUUAUAAAAGGCGUGGCUUGGGGUUUGGUUUAUUUGCAUCAAGAAUGGGAGCAAGCGGUGAUUCACAGAGAUAUAAAAGCUGGGAACGUGUUGUUGGACAGUGAGAUGAAUGGGAGGCUCGGAGAUUUCGGUUUGGCCAAGAUGUACGGACACGGGGAGAAUCCCAACACCACGCGCGUGGUCGGCACGUUGGGGUACUUGGCGCCGGAGUUGACGCGGACGGGGAAGCCCACGGCGAGUUCCGACGUGUUUGCGUUUGGGGCUUUGUUGUUGGAGGUGGCGUGCGGGAGGAGGCCGUUCGAGCCCAAGGCGUUGCCGGAGGAGCUCAUUCUGGUGGAUUGGGUGCGGGAGCGGUGGCGCGUGGGGAGGGCUUGGGAGGUUGUGGAUGGGAACCUGGGUGGCGUGUUUGAUGUGGGCCAGGCUUUGUUGGUGCUGCGAUUGGGCCUCUUGUGCUCCAAGGACGGCCCAGAGGAGCGGCCCAGUAUGAGGCAGGUGGUGAUGUGCUUGGAGGGGGAGAUGCGGUUUCCCGAUGAAUCGUGUACGACGACGUUUUAUGAUAGGGUUAGCACGUGGUCUUGUUCCCCAGAGGAUGUUGAUGCUUCCUCGCUUUCACUCUCCGGUGACUAGGAGUAGGGUCCAGGGAUUUUGUAUAUUUGUCGUAUCUAAAAAAUACAUUAGUCACUCUAAAUUUUAUUUAUUUAUUUGUUAUGUUU